AUAAACAAAUCAAUUCAUUUAUUUAAAAAUUUCAACAAAAAGUUUAAACAACUAAUGGCGAAUUCAACUUUUCCAUUAAAGAAAAAAAGAAAUGUAAAAUUGUAGGAUAUUUGCAAGGCAAAAGAGCUGCGGAAAUAGUCGACAAGUAAGAUUUCAAUUAAAAGAUAAACUGGAUUUGAUUUUGGAGCAAAGAGAAGAGUGAAGGUGGUGCACUAUUAGCGGCGCCAUUCGAACCAGCAGGAGCACCGGUGCAAAGCGGUAAGGGGUACAGAAAGAUCGAGCAUUGCUCGCACUGGCUUGUUCGUUGUUCGCUGCUCGGUUUUUGUCUUGGCAGAGCGGGCUCGAGUUUGCGGAUUUUUGCGUCAGUGGUUGUCUGUUCCAGGCCAACUGCGCGGCAAGAAAAUUAUUGUGCCGUGAGUCAAAAAUCAAGUUAACACGCAAUGGCAAUGGCUAUAUUGUCGGCAGUACUUUAUACGGCAGGCACAGGUAAAAGCGUUGCGGCUUCAAAUAACGAAUCAACGAAUAUAAAAACUACAUUGAAAAAUACGUGAGUGGUUAAGACUUGGUAGAUGGACUGGCUGCUUGCCCGACUGCCUGUCUUCGUGCUGCUUGGGUGAUUCAGCCUCGAGUUCGAAACUACAUACAUAAGCCGCAGAAGUGGCAAUUGACUACGAGCAACAUCAAUACCUAUAAUAAUACAACGUACAUACAUACGUAUGCUUCUGGUGCUGAAAAAGACGAGAACGACGAGUCGAGACAAAAGUAGAAAAGCACACGGCUAAAUUUAAAAAAAUGUUGCGGUUGUGGUAAACUUUCCUCGUUUUCUGGUUUAAGCUACAGCGCGACCUUUUAUAAAUUUCUUGUAUAAGACCAACAAAUUGAUUGAUCGGGAAAAUAACAACAUAAAUAUUCAAAAUGGAAAUCCUCAUGAAGUUAAAAUGUUCACCUUCUGGGUCGACGCACGGUAACAGCAACAGCACACUUUCCACACUGAAAGUCGUUGACCAUCAUCAUCAAUUAACACAACAACAUGCUGCUUUGCCAGUGCCGCCUCAAACAGCAUCACCUUCACUUGUUCGCUUGCCUUCGCAAACAAAUGUGAACUAUAACUCCACAUCGGUGCCGAUAUCGCUGCAUACAGUGCCUCGCAUGCCAGCAACAAGACCUUGCAUGAACUACUCGAAGCCCCUGGAGUGCUGCAAUGUCGCUUCUACUCAACAGGAAAUUGAACUAUUUGAUGUACAGUGGGACCAACAAGGAAGGCGCGGUAUUACAUACGAGGUCGCAAUGCAACGACCACAGAGUUGCUGUACAAACAUCGCCAGGAGUAACUUAUUUGAAUCAAAUGCCUGCUGUAGUGGUCCAUGUACCUUAUCGGCAUAUGGUACAUCGCCAGCUCUAUCUCACCCAACGGCUACGGCUACAUUAUCACAGCCUCCGCCUUUACAACAGGCUCCAUCUGUACAUCCUCCACCUCUGGCUUACCCAAUAAUUUCGGAGUUUGAAAUUAUACCAGCUGCAGAUAUUAAUACGCACUACGAAUACCAGGAGCCAGAAGAGAAUUUUAUUUCUAUAGAAGAUUCCAAAAUCAAAGGUUUGCUAUUGAAAAUUGGUCGUGAAAGUGCUUUAGAAAAGAAGAGAAGCAACACAUGUAAGAACAAAUCGGUGGGCAAUGCAAAAGAAGAGGAGGUAUUUUUUGAGAUUAUUGAUUUGGAUGAUGAAGAUGAUCGUGAAGAAUUGCGGCAAAUAAGGGAUAAAGUGGAAAAUGCUGCAAUUAAACGGGAUGCACAAAAAGCUAAAGUAGAUUCGGCCGUUCCAGGCAAGGAAGCAGGUAAACACAGAAUCAAUUCCCCCAGCAUUAGCCUCAUUCCAAAAAGCCCACCGGCUAACCAAAAAGCCGAGGUAGUGUUACAGCAAAAGAAAAAAGAGUCGUCUAAGGAACGUAUAAUUGCACAUAUCGAACUAUCUGAUAGCAGUGAUUCUGAAGCCGAUCACUGUGGUAAAUCCCCUGGAAAUAUUGCCACCACUGACAACAAAGUAGAUGCAGAUGCCUUUGAAAGUGACACAGAGGAUGAUGAAUUGCCGUUUGCCGCUGCAGCUGUGAGUUGUGAGCUGAAAUGCGACGAUGAUGAUAACUACGUUACAAAUUCGAAUGAAGUUUUUAGUGCAGAAGCGGAUAUUUCCAGCGGCGAUGUUGUUGUUAUCCAUUCAGAUGAUGAAAAUGCGGAAUUUAUAGAUCAACAUGAAAAAGGAGUAGAGAGGCAUUGGGAUGAUUUAGAUAGACGCGAAAAAUGCCGACAAUUUUUCGAAUGCUAUUUGUGUGGCAAAAAAGUUCAGUCAAGUUACAAUUUACGAAGACACAUGAUGAUACAUACGGGUGAACGUCCAUUUGGCUGCGAUAUGUGCGAUCGUCGGUUUCGAGAGUACAGUGACCUCAAAAAACAUCGCCGACGACACGCAAAUGAACCGAACUUCGUAUGCAUGGUGUGUCGUGUCAAACCACCAACGAUGCAAGAUCCAACGCGUUGCAAUGAUUGCGAUUCGAAGACAAGCGCUAUAACAGCAGCAAUGCGUCCACAGCUUUCCGCGUCGCCUUCUGCCUCACCAGACAAACUUCAAACAUCACCAUUAUCUACGUCGCCGCCAUUACCAUUGCCACAACUUACCGCAAAGCCUCUAGUAUCUAGUGGUCGGGUAUGGGAUGUUCCAGCAACUAGUGCGGUAUCCAUUGUAAGUUCUACUGCAACAAAUAGUAAUAGCAAUAUAAAAGGAUCGUCGAAAUCUGUACAAGAACCAACCACCAAUUCCUCAUCUCCCAAACGACCUAGCUCGACAACUUUGCUCAAUUCGGAAAUGCCGUCGUUGGUGCCUAUAAAUGCGCCGAUUACAGUUCAAAAGACAGUAACCACCAGCACGCAGUUACUACUUGAUAACAUUCCAGUUGUUCAUCGGCAUAACUACAAUGAACAAGGCAUUGUAACACGUAAGGAGUUUUCUUGUCCGUUGUGUCAGCGUCCUUUCGGUACGCGUCACAAUCUGAAACGCCACUUUAUGAUACACACCGGCGAAAAGCCAUUUUCUUGUAAUAAAUGUCGCAAACCGUUCAGAGAAUACUCAACGCUGAAGAAGCACAUGGUGACACAUCAACGAGAUCGGUAUUAUAAAUGUCUCCAUUGUCCGAGAAAAUAUAGGGACUACUUAGAGUACAGUGAACACAAGACAGCUCACGCAAACGAGAAUGAUGAUGAUGAAGAUGAUGACGAUGCUAAUUUUGACCAGCAACAACUAAGUUCGUCCAGCAGCACAUCCAGUCCCCAAAAGCGGGCAAAAACGCGCUACGAUAGUAGCUAUGAUUCAAACGAAGAAGAUUCUUCCACGGAAGAUUGGCUCGAGUGCUGCGAGUGUAAACAACGUUUCACAGAAAUCGAGUCGUACACCAAGCAUUUGAAAGAACAUGAUCCAUCUGUGUAUCUCUAUGAGUGCUAUAUUUGCAAGAAAACUUUCGAACUACGCGACGAAUUAGUGGAGCACGUGAGUGCUUGUAAGGAGGAACUGCGCGAGACUGCAUUACAACGAGCAACUUGUUUCAAUUAGAAAUACUUACUCUUCCAAAAGUAACCUACUAAGCGAAUCGUCUAGAAUAAUGCCGGCCAAUGCAAUUUUUGAUACAUCACAGCAAGACUGUGGAGGAAUUUGUAUAUCAAAAGGUAGAAAAAAAUAUUUCUUCAAAAAGUACACCUCCGGUGCAGUUCUGAUAUGAUGAAGCUCAUAACGCAUCUGAUAUUCGACAGCGGGCUUACAAAUAUAGUAAACCUCAAUUUGUCGGAUAA